GCUCUCUCUGCUCGUCACGUGACAUGGAAGAAAGGAAGGAAACGGGAACGAAAGGAGGAACAGAGAUAAAGGAGAAAAAUAAACAGAAGAGGCGCUAUCUGUCUGGGAGGAGGAGGCACACAUAUCUGAAGGUAAUAAAAACGAGGAGCGAGUUAUCGAGAUACUGUCAUAGAUAGUGAGUUUUAUUCGCUAAUUGUACCUAACUGUGGUAAGUAAGUGUUAGCUAGUGCUCAGGGGUUUGGUGAAUUUGCUGACGCUGGAUGCCCACCCGUGUUCACGAAGCGUAAGGUUAUUUUUGACUAACACUAACUUUCAGACAGUCGGAUUGUACUUCUUGCCCAGUGUUGUGGUAACUUUUCCUGUAAGCUAGCUGGUGAUGAAUCCUCUGUGCGAAGUGCUGAUGCGUCAAAAGCGUGUGAUCACUAGUCUACUGGACUGAAUCAGCGGUCCAGACACGCUUACAGCUCACACAGAGAGGUGGAAAAAAACAACACUGUGAACCUGUGACACGUUAGCAAGAAAAUAACCGGACAUCAAACUCUUCUAACAGCACUCCUGGAUUGGAUAAAAGCAGACAAAUUACCAUCAGAAGCGUCACUUUCAGCAGGAUUAAACUGAAUGUGUAAUCCUCUUUUCUUCCCAGAGACAGAGAACUAAACCAAAGAAGAUGGAGGGGAAAGUUUAGUUAUUAGACCCUGAAGUGAUGGGUGGAUGGCAACUGGAUAUGAAACAAUCAAGUGAGUAUGAAAAGAUUGUUGGCGUUGUUUUUUUUCCCUGCUAGAGAUAGUAAUCAUAACUUACAAUAAAAUAUCAAGUGAACCUAAAAGGUGACUGAAUAACUUCCAUUACUGUUAAGCCACACUCAAACUAACUCCUUCUUAAUAGACUAAAUCUGGAUAAGUUGUUGCUUACACAAAGGGAAUGUCUGAGCCCUUCUUUACAGCCGAUCAUGUGACCAAAUGGAUUAUAAACGAGCAGUUUUCUCCCAUCUGUAAAAGUUACCAUGUAAAGUUGACCUAUAUUAGCAGUGGGGCAAAACUUUGCAUCGGUUCUGUUGCACUAAUACUAAACUACCUAGUUUAACCGUCACAGAAGUGUUUCUGAAGCCAUGUCUUUGCAUUUUUGACAUUACUGGUUGAGUUGAAAGCAUGAAGGUUGACAGGAUUGCACCAAUGAGAAGAGAUGAAAAAAGUGGGUUAUAAACCGGUUAGUAAGCCCUUGCCCUUGAUUUUGAACUUGUUAUUUAAAGGUGAGGUAGGUAGGAUUUGGUUAAAGAAGCAUCUUUUUGUGGUGUAUAUACAAAAAAGCUUUUAAUAUCAGUCUCAAUAGCUAUUAGUUAUUGAUGAAAUUUGAUGAUAUGAUGUUAUCGCUGUGUUCUGUUAUGUCUGUGUGGUUAACAUUUUAAAUUUUUUGAGUGGCCCGCUCUUUCUGACUGUAAACAAAGCCAUUUUCUGCCUCCCCCAACCUGAUUGGUUGUGAGGUGGACGCUGCUCCCCCUGUGUCGUUCACGAGCCCAAACAAAGUUAGCAUGCUACAAUAUCGGACAGUAGAAACCAACCAGAAACUACGGAAGAUUGUCUGAAUCCUCCUUUGGCCACGACUGCCAACACAAGCAAGAUAACAAAGUAAAUACCAGAGACUCUGGCGGAAUAACGGGCGCUUAAAAAGAAGGCGGACCGGUCAAGAGCUAAAAAGCCGGGUCAACAUAAAACAAUAGGGGACACUUUGGGAUCUUACGGACUCUGUAACCUUUCUGCUGGACAGGUAAACCACUUUAACAAACUAAGCCAAGUGUCUGUAACGGAAGUGUUUCUUGUCAAAUGGGACCUGCUGCUUGUUGUAGCACCGCUCAACUGUUUACCUCGGGUCCUGAACUAUGUCACUUUCUCCUAGUUGUAGAAGUCCUACAAACAUUGUGUUUGCUGGUAGUCUGUUGGCAUCUACAGUAGCACCAAUGCUUCUACUUUCAUGUUGGCUGGGCCUCAUUUGUAAUUAUCUGAAGUAUUUAUCUGCAUUAUAUUUGAAUUUAAUUGAAAUGAUACAAGCGAGCAGGAGUGUCUGUUUGUGGGCGGGGCUUGCUGGAGCAGAGAGGGAGGAGUUGAGGGGAAAACUGGUUGGGUGGGGUAGUGUUUACAUUCAAGAUUUCUUCCAAAAACUGGCACUUCCUCAGAUCCUGCCUAGCCCACCUUCACGUGUCAUUCCUGGAAGAGGAGCUACAUGCUCUAAUGGAAUCCUGGUCUGUAAACUAUUCUGUUUUAAAUGAAACUUAACCUCUGUCUUUCAACUGAUUCCAGGAUGAAGACAGGAUCCUCUGAGGAAAGGAAGUAAGAGGAAGAAAAUGAAGCUGAAUGAACGUAGCGUGGCGCACUACGCCACCUGUGACUCCCCACCAGACAAGACAGGCUUCUUGUUUAAAAAGGGUGAGCGAAACACAGCGUAUCACCGCCGCUGGUUUGUUCUAAAGGGCAACAUGCUCUUCUACUUUGAGGAGCGUGACAGCCGAGAGCCCAUUGGUGUCAUUGUCCUGGAGGGAUGCACUGUGGAGUUGUGCGAGUCUGCAGAGGAGUUUGCCUUCGCCAUCAAGUUUGACUGUGCCAAAGCUCGAGUGUACAAGAUGGCUGCAGAGAACCACGCAGCCAUGGAGUCCUGGGUGAAAGCAUUGUCAAGAGCCAGUUUUGACUACAUGAGGCUGGUGGUGAAAGAGCUGGAAAGGCAGUUAGAGGAGAUCCAGGAGGCUGCUGGAGCUGGUUGUGUGGGGGCUGGAGUUGGAGGCCUGCAGGCCAGGUCCAAAACCUCCAGGCGAAACCAGGUGGCACGGUCCAGGUCUGGAGUAUCCUCCUCAUCAUCCUCUCUGUCUUCUGUAUCAUCAUCAUCAAGUGCCACUAACACUUCAGUUCCCAUUGCUGGCCAGAAGAGCCUCCAGGAUGAGGGGCAGCUCAUCUCUGAGUGCUCGAAGGAGAAUGGUAUUACAUGGAGUAAACCACAAGCUGCCUUGGCUAACGGCUCUGUUGAGACAGCAUGUGUGGCCUGGGAGGCCUGUGGAGACUCUGGGAAUAACACUGUGAGUGAUGGGGUGAGAGCUCCACCAGUUCCCCCUAGGAGAAGAGGAGCUUCUCUGGAAAGCCCGGUCUCCCCUGGCACUAGCUGCUUCUCCAAACUCCAUGACUGGUACGGGAAGGAAGUGGAGGAGCUGAGAGUGCAGUGGCUGCAGGGCCAGUAAACUCAAAGAUGUGGAUCAUCUCUUCCUUACACAGUCAUAUCAUUCCUUUUUAUAACUUACAAUGUUACAUCCUGAGAGGAGAUAAAAACUCAGUUCUUUUGACCAAUCAUAAAGGGGAAUGGAAAAUUGAGAUUGAUUUCUGGCACAGAGAAUUCAGUCUGUCUUAAACAUUUACCCCAGUCUGUCAUCAUAUCGUGAUAUCAUCUACAAACAAAUGUUAAAAAAAAAUCUGCAAUACAAUCCUAAAAAUAUCCACCAAGUACAAUUAAAAUGUUCAGAAAACAAUUUUUAAAAAUGGUCUUAGCAAUCAAAAUCAUCAGUUUCUAUUACAGGAUGCAAGAGAGUUUGGCUUUGAAAGGCCAUGUAGCAAAUCAUUUCCUAUUACUUGAUUAUUUUUAUAUUACCAGUACAACACGUGCAUCGCUUCCUCCCUUGUAGCUAUGAAUUAUACAAGUGCAGUUAUUUUAAGUUCCAGACAGUUUAUUUAAAGUUAAAGGAGACAUAAUCUAAUGUCAAGCUUUACUGUAGUUAUGCUUAACUCUGGCAAGUAUGAAACACAAAGCCCCCAGAUACAACAAUUAACCAUUUAAAACCACUUCUGUUAAGCCAUUUUUUCAAGGAAAAUAGUGUGCUUGUUAUUUGAAAUUUAAAAUUAGAAAACCACAUAGAAGAAGAUUUAAAGUAAUUUCACAAAAUGAGUUAAUUUUUUAUGUUCAAAUGGUGAACAAGGUGAAGGUAAGAAAUAUACUAAUGACAAGGUUUCCUCCCGUCAUAGGAAACACUUCAGAAGUCUCCACAAUGUAGCAUUUUGGCCAAGAAUUAAAGGUGAUGGAAUAAAAUAGGAAGCUGUGUGCACAACUUAAAAAAUGCUUAAAUGAAAAUAUUUCAAACAAACAGCGUUUUGAGUUUCCUGUUACUUCAAACAACCAUAAACUUUUCAGACUGCUUUAAUAGAUUGACCUGAGGGUGAUUCUCCGAGGAUAAGGCGUGUUGUUAAAGAACAUGAGUUCACAUUCUCCAUACUCCCACUGGGACACAGCUCAGCUCACGAGCCCCAUGGCUGCUAAGGUCAGAGCAUCCACAGUCACUGGGGACUGUAGUGGGAGCUGGAUGCCCUGCUCGGAGCAGCACUCUGGUAUUUUUAGCGCUUGUUAUCUAUUGGCUAAAUGAUGCCGUGCCAUACGAAUGCUUGCCACUUACUUCUCUUUUAACUCUUAUCCUUGACCCACAUUCUUGACCUUAUGGGGCUUAACACAUAUUUUAAUGAUCCUUAAUAUAAUACAAUCCAGUUGUCUUAUCUUUCUCUUUUUCCACUGCUGGUUUGUUCUUGAUUUAUCUGAAUGUGAAUGGAUGAGUGAAACGUAAAGAGGACAAUAAUGUAUGUGAUCAUUUAAUCUCUUGUUUUGUUUAUAAAUAUUUACAAUUUCAUGUUGGAAAUUAACACCAGCAAUAUGCAAAGUAGACUCUUUUAAAGUGAUUGCUCUUACUGUAUUUGUAUAUCCAAUCAUAUCACAGCGGUUUACACUUUUGCCUUAUGGUUUUUUAAUACUCUUUUAUUGCCUUUAAACCAUUACCAUACAUAAGUUUUACAGAGAUGGGAGGGUUUGACUUUUUCCCAGUCAGGACUGUAUUGUUGUUUUUGCUUUUUGCAAAAGCUCAUAUUGUUGCAAUCAUUUUUUGACAAUGGCUCUGUCUCUUCAGCCUGCAUCAUUGCACAGCUCUAGGAUUACUGUGGUACGCUUGUCUGGUAUAGAGACGACUCCGUGGGAAGCAGCACUGCAGUGUGGAUACUGUGUUUAUGUGGUGCUAUGCUUUUCACACAUAUAAUCCAAAAUCAUUAUUACAGUGCCAAUAUCAUUCAUUCCAGAAGACAAUUAGUGUAAUUGAGGAUGGCGUGCCUGUUUUGGUGUUUUUUGAAUAAUACUGACAGAAAAUUGUGAAUGUGUCAAAUAGUCAUAAAAAAUUAUGGUAUCUAUGUUUAUUCAGGAGUGCCAAAUGAAGAAUGCAAAAUAAAUGCACAGUAACUUUUUUUCACUGACUGACUUUGACAUUUGUGGCAAUUAAAAAAGUAUUUUAAUGUUCUAGCACACAUUAUGAGCAUUAUUUUAAAUGACCAAUAAUAUUUACCACAUUGUCCUAAUCUGGUACUAUAACAUGAAAGCUACUUAAUAAAAAGCAUUACAUGAA